AUAAACCUGUUGAGAAUUUGUACCGUUUCAAAUUCUAAAUAAAAAUAAAGUAAAAAACAUGUCUCUCUUAACAUUCUUGCUGCCAUUUCUUUUUGCUGCGUCAAUAUUUGCAAAUAUUGAUGUAGAUUCAAAUGGAUAUAUAUUAUACUGUCCGUGCAUGGGAAGGUUUGGUAAUCAAGCUGACCAUUUCCUUGGAUCACUUGCAUUUGCUAAGGCUCUAAAUAGGACACUUGCCCUUCCCCCAUGGGUGGAAUAUAGAUUUGGGGAGCCAAAAUCAGUUCAAGUUCCUUUUUUACAUUAUUUUGAACUGGAACCCCUCUCAGAGAUCCAUCGGGUUAUCUCAAUGGAAGACUUCAUGGAGAAUAUUGCUCCUAAAGUUUGGCCAUUAAACGAAAGAACAUCUUUUUGUUACAUGGCCAGAGGUCAAGGUACAGACUGUAAUGCUAAGGAAGGAAACCCUUUUGGGCCUUUUUGGGACACUUUCAGUGUAGAUUUUGUUCAAUCUGAAUUUUAUGGUCCACUUAACUAUGAUGUCCAUCAUCAAGACAUGGCCAGAAAAUGGAACAACAGAUACCCUACUCAAAAAUCACCAGUUCUUGCAUUUACCGGGGCCCCUGCAAGUUUUCCAGUUCAGCAAGAAAACGUUGGACUGCAUAAAUACCUUAAAUGGAGUCGGCGAAUUGUCGACCGGGCAGUUAACUUUAUCCGCAAUGUACUUCCUAUCGGAGCAUUUGUUGGUAUUCACUUGCGGAAUGGCGUUGACUGGACUAGAGCUUGCGAGCAUUUGGAACAUAGCCCCAACUUAUUUUCUGCUCCUCAGUGUUUGGGUUACCGCAACGAGUUGGGAAUUGCAUCGCAAGAAAUGUGCUUCCCUCCGCACGAUUUAAUAGCAAAACAAGUAAAACUUGCCGUGAAAGACUAUCACGCAAAAUCAGUGUUUGUGUCUUCCGACAACGACCAUCUCAUUCCUUUUUUGACCAAGGCUUUAAAACGAAUGGAGGUUACUGUGCACAAAUUAGCAAAUCCUGAGCCGCAUGUCGAUCUGGCCAUUUUGGGUCGCGCUAACUACUUCAUUGGUAACUGCAUUUCAUCAUUCACAGCUUUCGCCAAACGUGAGCGAGAUGUGAAUGGUUUGCCGUCUGGCUUUUGGGGAUUUCCUCCGAAUAGGACUGGAGCAGCCAAACAGAAGCAUGAAGAAUUAUAACUCAAACAAAAUCGAAACAAACGAUCAAACAAAGUCGACAUAAUCUCUUGAUUGUAUAAACUUUACAGUGAUUAUAUAAAUGUUUACAAUUUUGA